AGAGCAAACUAUAUCUUUGGUGACUGGAGUGCCAGGCUCUUAGUCAAAUCGAGGACAUGCUCUUGUGCUGAAGACUAUUCACUAUGAACAAGCGACAAGGGCGGCCCUUCAUCGUGAUGCCACACUUAUAUCAUGAAGGAUACCUGGAGAAGAGGUCUUUUAAAGACAAGAAAUCUCGCAAGCUUUGGACUUGUCUGUGUGGCAACACGCUUUACUUCUUUAACGAGAAGAGGGACAAUGACUACAUUGAAAAAGUGGAACUCAGCGGGCCGAUCAUGAUAACAGACGAUAAUACAAUGGAUUACAAAUUGGACACAGCCAAACUGAACCUGCAGACCAAAGACAGCGACGUCAAAUUCUCGGCUCCGAAUGCAGAGGCACGAGAACUUUGGAAGGGCUUCAUUCAAUCUGUGUCUGAGCUAUCAGUGCCAUCAAUGCUGAACCUGUUGCCGGGCCAGAUGGUCAUGCUGGAAGAGGUGGUGAAAAAGGAGAAGGAGCGAGUCCGGAAUGCGCAACAAUGUUCUCCAACGAAAGACAUGGAGUCUGCAAAGGAAAUGCCAGACUGUUUCCACCCGGUGUCCCGCGUGGAGGCAGAAGUUCUGCUGGAACGUCAGGCCAGCCGAGGAAACAUGCUGCUGAGGCCCAACAGGGACACCACCGGCUUUGCUAUCAGCACCAGGGAAGAGAUGAAUGAACCUAUCUUCAAACAUUUCCGGGUGAUCCGCAGGCAAGAUGACGGCUUCACCAUCGAUGUGCACGAUCCCGUUUCGUGCGCUUCGUUACACGAGAUCGUCGAGUACUUCUCGGAAGCUACAAAUGGAGCUCUGAUCCCGCUGACCAGGGAGGAAACCUACGAGCAAAACAUCUCUUACAUUAGUGUGGAUCAUGAAAAUGGAGAGAAGAGGGUGCGCGGAGCUUCUACGCACACGCAUCUUACGUUGCCGUCUCAACAGGCUAAACAAGCUUUGUCAAGAUUGCCGAGUGAAGACUGGGAUGACAAUCUCUACGUAAAUGACAAGAAUCACAAAGAUUCCACGGUUGAGCGGCUUCCAGAGCCGGAUAACAAAGCAAACGAGAAAUCGAUCAAAACUCCAACGCCUACUCCUCGCAAGUUGGCGCCAUCUCCCGCUGCCACCAGGUCCAGGCACAGCAGGGAUUCCAGGAUGAGGAACCUUACAGAGCCCCACGGCCCGAGUACGUCAUUCUUAUUUGCUGCCAUAUCGGAACUCAAGCUGAAGCUCGAGAAGAGGGCCAAGUGUGUCGACUGACCUAGGCGAUCGCCGCUACCGAUCAAUGUGAACGUCUUUGGCAAUAAAUCUGUCGCCAUGACGACCUUCUGCACUUUCCCACCCUUCCCUCUGAUUUUGAUAUGAAUUGUACGUACGAAUGUGAGAGUGGGCACACAUGUACAUAGAGGCCAUAUAUUUUGACUAGAUUUUUACUGAAUGUAAAUUGUUCGACUUGAUGUCAAUAAAAGUUAUUAAUAAUGA